AUGACGCGCUCCAUAGCGAACGCAGCCACUCUCGGCGACGACGCCGCUCCUUCCGCUCCAGCAGCAUCUGCACCUGCUCCUGCCACUACCACCGUCGAAACCGCUGCCGUCGAACAGACCGAUUCGGUAGCCGUCUCUUCUGAGCAAGCUCCCCAGUCAGAGCCCAUCGCAAAUGGAUCCAACCUCCCCGUCGAGCCUCAGUCAUAUUCCAACGAUGGUUGGAACGACCAACAGCAACAAGGCCAACAGAACUGGGACUACAACAAUCAGAACCAAGGUAACGAUUAUGGCGCUGCACAGCAGAUGAGCCACGGCGGAGCUGGUGAAGAUGACUACAAGCCUAUUGGCAUCAAAGAAGACGGGUAA